AUGUUGGAUGCCGUGUUCUGUACGGAGAAAAUUUCCCUAUCAGCAUUGCUGGAACGCGCCUGUGUCUUUAAGGCCGGUCUGACUUCCUGUUUCAAAAUCUUGUGCAGGAACAGAGCGACUGCAAAGAAACUAAUCGAGCGCUACUUUCGGCAGUUAACUGAGGGCUGUGGAAAUGGCAACUGCAAGAAUGAGUUUUGCGCAUCGUGUUGCGACUCCCAACCUCUUGAUAGCAAUGCUGCAGCCGCCAAAGCACUCGAGCUGUUCAAGGUUAACGCCAAACUCUGUGAUUACUACCCCUCCAUCAAAUCCAGUCCCGACGGAAAGCCUCAGAUGGAUCGAGAGAUGAGCGUUGAGGAUUUCUCAGACGUUCAUUACCUCACAGAGCAAUUUGUAAACCGGAUCCUACAUUUCUGUGAGGAGCGAGGGGAAUACUCGGUUUUCGUACGCGUCAUCGGCCGGAUUUUCUCCAACGCGGACGCCCUGAUGAAGAGUUUUAGGAAGGAUGAACCAAGCGCCGCCGCGAGCCCAGAUUCUCUCAAACCGACAGAUAAAGACAAACAGAGCGAGCAAACCUCAGAGAAGAAGGGCGCCCCCUCUCCUGAUUUGCCAGAGGAGGCUUCUAACGCAAUGCAGGACUCCAGUGAGGUGAUGGUAGAUAUCGCCGGAGUUCGUAGGGUUUACGACAGACUCCUGUCUAUCGACCAGGUGGAGGCAGCACUUGUGAAUUCGCUCAUUUACCUCACUCCAAAUGUGGAACUUGAUCUGGAGUAUCUUAAUGUGUAUGAAACUAACCCAGACUACCUGAAUAUCUUCAUUAUAGUGAUGGAGAACAGUAACCUCCACAGCCCCGAGUACCUUGAAGUGGCACUACCACAGAUCUGCAAGGCAAUGAGCAAGCUGCCCGUGGCGGCGCUCGCUCGGUUGUCCAAGCUCUGGUCCACGUACGAGCUCCCCCAGAUCAGGCGCAUGAUGGAGACUUUCCAGCAGCUCAUUACUUUCACGGUGGUUAGCAACGAGUACGACGCGGAGAACCUGGUGAACGACGACGAAACGGUGGUGGCCGCCACCCAGUGCUUGAAAGUGGUCUUCUACGCCAGCCUCCUGGGAGGCGAGGCGGACGUGGAGCAUAACGAGGAAGACGAGGAGGAGUCCGAGUCGGACGAACUGACCCUCCACGAGCUGCUCGGCGAGGAGCGGCUCUACAGGAAAGGCCCGCGAGUUGACCCUUUGGAGAAAGAGCUGGGUAUCCGUCCCAUAGACAGCAUACGGCCCCUCAUUCCCUACGAGGAUUUCUUAAAUGAAUCGGUGAACGAGGUGGUUGAGAUGGACAAAGACUUCACCUUCUUCAAAGUCAACGCGGAAACCAAGUUUUCCUUCCAGAGCUGCCCCUUCAUUCUCAAUAUCAUCACUAAGAACCAAGGGCUCUACUACGAUAACAGGAUCAGAAUGUACAGCGAGCGACGCCUGACGGCUCUCUACAGUAUGGUCCAGGGCCAACAACCCAAUCCCUAUCUCAAGCUCAAAGUACGCAGAGACCACAUUAUCGAUGACGCCCUGGUCAGGCUGGAGAUGAUUUCCAUGGAGAACCCGUCGGACCUGAAAAAGCAGCUCUUUGUCGAGUUCGAGGGCGAGCAAGGUGUGGACGAAGGAGGGGUUUCAAAGGAGUUCUUCCAGUUGGUUUUGGAGGAAAUUUUCAAUCCAGACAUCGGAAUGUUCACCUACGAUGACGACACAAAACUUUUCUGGUUCAAUUCGUCCUCGCUGGAGAACGAGGCGCAGUACACGCUGAUUGGAAUCGUCUUGGGGCUCGCAAUCUAUAACAACUGCAUCCUGGACGUUCAUUUCCCCAUGGUGGUCUACAAGAAGCUCAUGGGGAAAAAAGGAACCUACCGUGACCUGUCGGAUUCACACCCAAUGCUUUACCAAAGUCUGAAGGGAUUGCUUGAACAUUCGGGCAAAGUGGAAGAGGACAUGAUGCUCACCUUCCAAAUAUCCCAGAUGGACCUUUUCGGAAACCCCGUUUUAUAUGACCUGAAGGAGCAAGGAGAAAAAAUCCCUGUUACCGAGGAAAACAGAGGGGAGUUUGUGGAGUUGUACGUCGAUUACAUCCUGAACAGAAGCGUGGAGAGGCAAUUCAAAGCCUUCAAAAAAGGCUUCCAAAUGGUCACAAACGAGUCCCCGCUGAAGUAUUUGUUUCGACCCGAUGAGGUGGAGCUCCUGAUCUGUGGAAGCAGAAAACUGGACUUCGAGGCACUAGAAAAGGCAACAGAGUAUGAUGGGGGAUAUAGCAAAGACAGCCAAGUUAUCAAAGACUUCUGGGAAACCGUUCACGCUUUUGGAGAUGAGCAGAAAAGACUGUUCCUCCAGUUCACCACCGGAACAGACAGGGCGCCGGUUGGCGGUCUGGGGAAAUUGAAGAUGAUCAUCGCAAAGAACGGCUCCGACACGGACAGGCUACCGACCUCCCACACCUGCUUCAACGCGCUGCUGCUCCCCGAGUACUCCUGCAAGGAAAAACUCAAAGAGAGGCUCCUCAAGGCAAUCACGUACGCCAAAGGGUUUGGAAUGCUGUGAAAGAUGUCGAAAAGAAAGCGUUCGGGCAGUAUUUUAAAGGGGGGGGGGGGGGGGAAGGGAGUAAUACAAAA